AUUUUGGCCACCCUUUGGCUCGUAUUAUGGGUAAUACUGGUGCGAAGUGAGCCCAAAGACCACCCCUGGAUAGCCAGUGAGGAACUAUAUUAUAUCCAGGCUAACAUAGCAUCCAGUGGGAAGGGUAGCACGACACCUCCCGUUCCCUGGAUUAAAAUAUUCACUUCUAUACCGGUCAUCGCGGUGGUUAUAGUCAAGUUUACAGUGCAAUGGAAUAGUCUAUUACUGUUGUUGAAAUUACCAUCGUACUUUUCAUCGGUGUUCAAAUACCCAGUGUCCAAGGGAAUGCUUUUGUUCGGGUGCUAUUCCGGUGGUGACGUUCCCGUAGUGGCCGAUAUGACCAACGAGUACACGGCCACCGUAUUCGGCAUCACAAACACCGUGGCGUUUACGGCCGGUUUCAUAACCCCUAUGGUUAUCGGUUUUAUAGUACAAGCCUCCGAUGAGGUGCGGCGCCAGUGGGGGUACGUGUUCUGGGUGUCGGCCGCUAUUAACGCCUUUGGGGGACUGGUAUUCAUUGUGUUUGGG